AUGCUAGCCGCCACCGGCCCGCUAGGGACAUGCCAGUCACUACCCGCGCUCCAGAGCUUCUUUCCUGGGGACUACGCUGCGCCAGCCGGCCACGACCAUGAUAACCACGAGCUGAUCCUGCGCCUGGUUGGCGCCGCAUUUGAUCAGGUCCUAGACCAGGCGCUGAGGACGCUAGACACCACCCAGCUACCCAUCCUCGAAAUCUUUGAGAGCAACCAAGCAGGCUACCGCGGCCGCCAGCCCCUACAGCGGCCGCAGAAGGCCACGACAAUCACCCACUACGCGCAGUACUAG